UGUCCUUCGCCAAGCUUACCACAUUUUUUCUAAACCAACUCCUCCAUGGCCAGAGCUCAGAAAAAACUCUAAAAAUUCUUCUAAAAAUAAAUAAAAUAUAAAAUUAAAAAAAUGGCCUCAAUUUCUACCUGCCUCACUCUAUCUCCCAAGUCCCGCCUCUUCACAACAAAGCCCUCAGUUUCUCUCGAAUUUUUCCCGGGAACCCAAACACUAACUUCUUCCCCAACUUUCCCGAGAAAAUCCGGGAAUUUUUUCAGACCCAGGGUUUCAUUUCCGGUCGUAAAGGCAAGUCUUGAUGUCGGAAGCAACUCGAUUAGGCCUGGAGGUGUGGUGGAGACCGACAAAUUACCGUCUGAUGUAAGAAAACGAGCAAUGGAGGCCGUUGAUUCGUUUGGUGGGAGGGUUACCAUUGGAGAUGUUUCCAGUAAAGCUGGGCUGAACUUGAAUCAAGCUCAAAAGGCUCUUCAAGCACUCGCUUCUGAUACUAAUGGCUUCUUGGAGGUUUCGGAUGAAGGUGAUGUCCUUUAUGUCUUUCCGAAGGAUUAUCGUGCAAAGCUUGCUGCCAAGUCACUUAGGAUAAGAUUUGAACCCUGGGUUGAUAAAGCAAAGGCUGCACUUGAGUAUUUAGUUAGAGUUUCCUUUGGGACAGCACUUAUAGCUUCAAUUGUUCUUGUUUAUACAACAAUUAUUGCCCUUAUCACUAGUAGAAGUGAUGAAGACAAUCGAGGAAGACGAGGCAGAUCAUAUGAUACAGGAUUCACCUUCUACUUCAGUCCAACUGAUUUGUUCUGGUACUGGGAUCCGUAUUAUUAUAGGAGGCGGCGGCUACGAACCGACGAUGAUGAGAAGAUGAACUUUAUUGAAUCUGUUUUCUCUUUUGUGUUUGGAGAUGGUGAUCCAAAUCAAGGAAUUGAAGAAGAAAGAUGGAAGUUGAUUGGGCAAUACAUAGCUUCUAAUGGUGGUGUUGUCACAGCUGAAGAACUUGCUCCAUAUCUUGAUAUACAGACUGCAAAUGGAGCAAUGAGUGAUGAAUCGUAUGUCUUACCUGUUCUUCUGCGGUUUGAUGGUCAGCCAGAAAUAGAUGAAGAGGGAAAUAUCCUCUACAGAUUUCCAUCUCUGCAACGUACAGCUUCUUCUCAGAGGAGUGGAAGGAAGGAAUAUGUAGGAAGAAGAUGGAGUGAUUGGGUUGGGGGAAUUGAGAAAUUUUUCAGGGAGAAGAAGUGGCAAUUCAGUAAAACAAGCUCGUCAGAGAGAGCAAUGGUCUUAGGUUUGGGUGGGAUUAACCUCUUUGGAGUUAUCAUUCUUGGAGCUAUGUUAAAAGAUUCUGCUGUUACACCAAGUGGAUUUAUUAAAUUUGUCACAGACAUUUUCCCUCUACUUCAGAUCUAUGCUGGUUCUUUCUUUGCAAUUCCUUUGGUUCGGUGGUUCAUCAUUCGUCAAAGGAAUACUGAUAUAGAGAAGAGAAACCGAGUAAGAGAGCAGUUUGCACGAGCACUUGAAUUGCCUGAUCUUUCACUGAGGCGGAAGCUACUAAGUGCUCGAGAUAUGGCACAAAAAACAGUAAUAGGACCGGAUCGCAUUGUGUAUAGUACUGACAGAGACUUGGUUGAGCAAGAUUACGAGGGACGAGAUUGGGAUAGAAGAUUCCGAGAGAUUGAGAAGUCAGAAUAAGAAGAGGCCAUAUGGAAUAUGCUUACAUGUUGUAGCUUCGGCAGCUCAAGUUUGUGCCACUCUUACCAAAGCAUCAUUGUAUGCAGUGCUUGACAUGGAACCUGACACUCCGAAACUGUGGAUAUACCAUUGAUGGAAGAGGCAAUUCUACAAAAGAGAAUCAGCAAUCCUACCUCAGUGCCGCCUGGAAUAGCAAUGAGGGGUAGAAAUAUAGAUUGACUCUGCAACCUUUCACCCUUUGCUUAGGAACUUCAAAAAUAUGUCUCAUUAUAGAUUUACCAAAGGUCAGCAUUGUGAAUUCAAAUCCUCUUCUCCAUUUGGUUUCAUUUUCUUAAAAUGGAAAAUAUGUAGUAUAAACUGCAAAUGAUCCUUUUGUAGUGUUGAGACUAGAGGAGCAGUGGAUUGCUAUCUAUUAGGUGUCAAGAGAACAUUUUUGGACUUAAUUGUACACAUUGAUAUAGGAUGUAAAAAUAAAAUCAUGAGUCAGUUCUCAAUUAUAUGCUUUA